AGCGCGUAUCUGUUAUAUUAUUUGCUUUACUCCAUUCGUUUGCUGUUUCACUUCAUUCCUUUUUACUCCGAAUACCCGAAGGAGACCGGUGCUAUCUGAUUAACCCCGGCGACAGUUUGACAUGCAUUACAGUGAAAACUACAAGUCCCAUGAUGCUCUCGGCGCACAGCGCGUGGGAGGUCAAUCACAGCACUUUACCACAGAUUCAUCCCUGCACGUUCUAACGGCACGCGCGCUGCGUUUCUCUUUAUUUUGCCCAUAAUUAUAAUGAUGAUGAUGAUGAUGAUGGUGGUGGUGGUGGUGGGAUCCGGGGUCGUGGCGUUAAUCCUGAGACUGAUGUCGCCUCACAUCAGGAAAUAUGCAGCAGGUGGAGUGUGUAUGUCUACAGGACGUCUGGACGGGAAGACCGCACUGAUUACAGGAGGGAACACAGGAAUUGGGAAAGAGACGGCACUGGACCUGGCUGCACGCGGUGCGCGGGUGAUUCUGGCCUGUCGUGAUGUGGAGAAAGGUGAGGAGGCGGCGGCCGAGAUCCGCACACGCGUGGGUGGUGCACAGGUGGAGGUGCGAGAACUCGACCUGGCGGAUACAUACUCCAUACGAGUAUUUGCACAGAGAUUUCUCCAAGAGGUGAGUCACCUGCACAUCUUGAUUAACAACGCCGGCGUGAUGAUGUGUCCGUACAUGAAGACCGCUGACGGCUUCGAGAUGCACCUGGGAGUCAAUCAUCUGGGUCAUUUCCUGUUGACGUUCCUGCUGGUCGGAGUGUUGAAGCGCAGCGCGCCGUCCCGCAUCAUCGUGGUCUCAUCUCUGGCACAUUAUUUUGGCUGGAUCCGAUUCCAUGACCUACACAGUCAGGGGAGCUACAACAGCGGCCUGGCUUACUGCCAGAGCAAACUGGCUAACGUACUGUUCACCAAGGAGCUAGCGCGCAAGCUAACAGGCUUGAACGUGACGGUGAACUCAGUGCACCCGGGGACGGUGAGGUCUGAUCUGGUGCGUCACUCCACACUGAUGUCUCUGCUGUUCGCGCUGUUCUCCAUAUUCCUGAAAACACCGCGUGAGGGAGCGCAGACGUCCGUCUACUGCGCAGUGGCUGAGGAAUUGCACUCCAUCACAGGAAAGCACUUCAGUGACUGUGCUCCAGCCUCCGUCGCACCUCAGGGCCGCUGUGACGAAACCGCUCGGAGGCUGUGGGACGUCAGCUGCGACCUCCUCGGGAUCGAGUGGGACUGAAAUUGCACUCGUCUCCGUCACAAACCAGUCAUCACGCCACCAGCCCUCCGUUCUGUUCUACCAAUUUGCCAAACGCACUUAAUACCAUUUUAAGCUUAUUUAAGAAACUGGACCUUGGAUCCCAGUGUCGUCUCAUUUCUACGCCAUCGUAGGGCACACAGAAUUUGUUAGAAAUUUGAACAUUAUUUUAAUUCAUACACAUUUCACACACACACACACACACACCCUCCAGCUGCCUAGAAUUGUACUGUUUUUAUACAGAAGUAAAAAAAUUUUUUUUACUACUGUUACAUUCAUGACAAGAAAAUUUUAAAUAUAUAAUAUUAUAUAAAUAUAUAGAAACUGUGUGGAAGAACUAUUACGAUUUCCUACUUUUCUUAUAUUUCGCAUGAUGACCAGUUGUCUGGUCUGAGCAUAAAGAUUUAAAGUGUGAAAGAUUUUAUAGCUGUUUAUAGCUGUUUCAGCUGAAAUAUACACCUUCUGGUAUUUCUGUAAUUACGGGGACCGGAGGUUUUCAAAAGCACAUCACUGUAAACAAUCUGCUUGCUGUUGUACUGUAAUGGAAAGAAACAGAUAAUGUGGAUAAUGUGGAACAACUGAAUUUGGAGGAUAAAAACAUCUUGUUGAGAAGUUGCACUUUUUAGGGGUCCAAGUGUUCGGUCACGACUCUUCCGGUCCCUCUUAUUGUUGUUUUUUUUUUUUUUUAAUUGGAUAUACAUUAGUGUAAGUAAAUAAAAUAAACUCAAAGUAAUAAAAAAAAUCAUAACUAUUUUACAAGAAUGAUCUGAAUAUUAUUAUUAUAAUAGUACUCUAAUAGUAAAGAUGAGAUUUCACUUGUGUCCACACCAACGAUGGGAAUGAUUUAAUUCCUUUUACUAUUUACAUGCACUGCAUCUUAUUUAUUUGGAAUCUUAUUUAUUCUGUACAAAAGACCGUGUAAACAAUGUUUUCUGUUAUUAUUAACAUCGAUUAGUCCACAGAGCAAAGCACGUUAUUUCCCUUUAACAUCUGAAUUAUACAAUGAACCGACUGAUUAAAGGCAAUGAAAGGCAAAAUGGGGGGGGGGGGGGGAUAUCCCCAAUGAAAUGUAAAGUA